UCAUACUGAUACUCAGCGUACGUACGAGAGUUUCAAGGCUUUUGCUGAUGGUUUAUUUGAUAAUAGCACUGGAGUUUCAGCAGAAAUUUCGAAUGAACUGCUUCUUGCAUACAAUAAUUGCCAAGACUACUACAAAACAAACUACAUGGGUGAUGGUUCCGAGUUCAAGAAGUUUAUUACAGGUGCAAUUUAUAAUAAUACCAUUGCAAAUAUUACCAAGCGUUUGCGCUUAUCUAAGCUGUACAAAGAAGACAUUGACAUGAUGUACAAAAUGUGCCGAUUUGAGCUGGCUUGGAAACCGAAAGAAAGCAGUGUCUGGUGUGCCGUCUUUAGGCCUGAGGAAGUGACCGUGCUAAAUUAUGCCGAGGAGCUCAAGAAUUACUACGGCUCGGGCUAUGGUUUUAAUGCGAGUGAUAAAUUAAAUUGCCUUGUCGUGCAGGACUUGCUGACGGUUCUCAACAGCACUGAAUCACCAAAUGUGGUCGCUUACUUUGCACAUUCGCCGGGUCUGCAGAUGCUUCUUGUGUCGCUGGGCAUUGCCAAGGAUGAUGAGAAACUGCGUGCGGAUAACUUCGAAAAUAUGGCAAAUCGUAAAUGGAAAUUAAGUGAGCUCGUUCCAUUUGGGGCCAAUUUUGUGGCCGUGAAAUACAAUUGUAGUGAAGCAGCAGAUAACGUGACUGAGAAGGCUCUGUUCUUCCUGAAUGAGAAACCUGUAGAGUUCAAAUGGUGCAAAAACGGUUUGUGUAAUUGGUCGGAUGUUUUGAAAACCUACCACAUAUUUUCGGACGCCAAUUGUAAGGAAUUUUAUUGUAAGAAGGAAAAACCAAAACAGACGAAAGAAGAACAUAAUUCGAUUGAGAACGAAAUUAAUGGAGUGGUUCAAAAUGUUUCUGAAGUGGCAGGGUCAUUUGUUAAAGGGGCAGAGAAUGCGGCAGAUACUUUUGUUAAAGGGGCAGAGAAUGCGGCAGAUACUUUUGCUAAAGGGGCAGAGAAUACUUUCAAAACGAUAAAGAAUAUUGUUAAUGCUGGAGAGACAAUUGCUCCAUUGAUGGUCACUACCCUGCUGACUGUUAUUGUGAGACAGCUAGUUUUGUAAUCGUGCAUAGUAACGAAAAUAACAAUUUGCAAUGUUUUAAAUGUUCAUCUAAUAGUAAUUCCAAAAACAAUUCCUCGACACUUAAACAAUAAA